AGGAGGACCGCAGCCCGCCCGGCUCCGCGCCCGCCGCCAGCAUGAUCGCCGCGCAGCUCCUGGCCUAUUACUUCACCGAGCUCAAGGAUGACCAGGUCAAGAAGAUUGACAAGUAUCUGUAUUCCAUGAGGCUCUCCGACGAAACUCUAUUAGAUAUCAUGACUCGUUUUAAGAGAGAGAUGAAGAAUGGCCUUUCCCGGGAUUUUAAUCCAACAGCUACAGUUAAGAUGUUGCCAACUUUUGUAAGAUCCAUUCCUGAUGGUUCAGAGAAGGGAGACUUCAUCGCCCUGGACCUCGGCGGGUCUUCCUUCCGGAUUCUGCGGGUGCAAGUCAGCCACGAGAAGAAGCAGAAUGUUGUCAUGGAGUCUCUGAGCUACCCCACCCCGGAGAACAUCAUGCACGGCAGUGGGAGCCAGCUCUUCGACCACGUUGCUGAAUGCCUGGGAGACUUCUUGGAGAAAAAGAACAUUAAGGGCAAGAACUUACCUGUGGGAUUCACAUUUUCCUUCCCUUGCCGGCAGUCCAAGAUAGACGAGGCCAUCCUGAUCACCUGGACCAAGAGAUUCCGAGUGAGCGGAGUGGAGGGCAUCGAUGUGGUGAAGUUGCUGGACAAGGCCAUCAAGAAGCGCGGGGACUAUGACGCCAACAUCGUGGCUGUGGUGAAUGACACCGUGGGCACCAUGAUGACCUGUGGCUAUGACGACCAGCAGUGUGAAGUCGGCCUCAUCAUCGGCACCGGCACCAACGCGUGCUACAUGGAGGAACUGAGGCACAUCGACCUGGUGGAGGGCGACGAGGGCCGCAUGUGCAUCAACACGGAGUGGGGGGCCUUCGGGGACGACGGGUCCCUGGAGGACAUUCGCACCGAGUUCGACCGGGAGAUCGACCGGGGAUCGCUCAACCCUGGCAAGCAGCUGUUCGAGAAGAUGGUCAGCGGCAUGUACCUGGGGGAGCUGGUCCGGCUGAUCGUGGUCAAGAUGGCCAAGGAGAGCCUCUUAUUUGAGGGGCGCAUCACCCCAGAGCUGCUCACCCGAGGGUCCUUUACCACCAGUGACGUGGCGGCCAUUGAGAAGACCAAGGAAGGCCUUUGCCACGCCAAAGCCAUCCUGUCGCGCUUGGGCGUGGAGCCGUCCGACGACGACUGUGUCUCGGUCCAGCACGUGUGUACCAUCGUGUCCUUCCGCUCGGCCAACCUGGUGGCCGCGACGCUGGGCGCCAUCCUGAACCGUCUCCGAGAUAACAAGAGCACCACCCGGCUGCGGACCACGGUUGGUGUCGACGGGUCUCUUUACAAGAUGCACCCACAGUAUUCCCGGCGUUUCCACAAGACGCUGAGGCGCCUGGUGCCCGACUCAGACGUGCGCUUCCUGCUCUCGGAGAGCGGCAGCGGCAAGGGGGCUGCCAUGGUGACGGCGGUGGCCUACCGCCUGGCCGAGCAGCACCGGCAGAUCGAGGAGAUCCUGGCCCACUUCCACCUCUCCAAGGACAUGCUCCUGGAGGUGAAGAAGCGGAUGCGGGCCGAGAUGGAGAUGGGGCUCAGGAAGGCCACCCACGAGAAGGCCGUCGUCAAGAUGCUGCCCUCCUUCGUCCGCAGCACCCCGGACGGGACCGAGCACGGAGACUUUCUGGCGCUGGAUCUCGGGGGCACGAAUUUCCGUGUGCUGCUGGUGAAAAUCCGGAGUGGAAAGAAGAGAACUGUGGAAAUGCACAACAAGAUCUACGCCAUCCCAAUUGAAAUCAUGCAGGGCACAGGCGAAGAGCUGUUCGACCACAUCGUGUCCUGCAUCUCCGACUUCCUGGACUACAUGGGGAUCAAAGGCCCCAGGAUGCCUCUGGGCUUCACCUUCUCCUUCCCCGUCCAGCAGACAAGCUUGGACAAGGGCAUCCUGGUCACCUGGACAAAGGGUUUUAAGGCGACAGACUGUGUGGGGCACGACGUGGCCACCCUCUUACGGGAUGCAAUCAAAAGGAGAGAGGAAUUUGACCUGGACGUGGUGGCCGUGGUCAAUGACACGGUGGGGACCAUGAUGACCUGCGCUUACGAGGAGCCCACCUGUGAGGUCGGACUCAUUGUAGGGACGGGCAGCAAUGCCUGCUACAUGGAGGAGAUGAAGAACAUCGAGAUGGUGGACGGCACCGAGGGGCGGAUGUGCAUCAACAUGGAAUGGGGCGCCUUUGGGGACAGCGGGAGCCUGGACGACAUCAGGACAGACUUCGACAAGAUGGUGGACGAGUACUCCCUGAACGCCGGGAAGCAGAGGUUUGAGAAGAUGAUCAGCGGGAUGUACCUGGGCGAGAUUGUGCGGAACAUCUUGAUCGAUUUCACCAAGAAGGGCUUCCUCUUCCGGGGCCAGAUCUCGGAGCCGCUGAAGACCUGGGGCAUCUUUCAGACCAAGUUCCUCUCCCAGAUUGAGAGUGACCGGUUGGCGCUGCGCCAGGUCCGGGCCAUCCUGCAGCAGCUGGGCCUCAACAGCACGUGUGACGACAGCAUCCUGGUGAAGAUGGUAUGCGGGGUGGUGUCCAAGCGAGCCGCACAGCUCUGCGGCGCCGGCAUGGCCGCCGUGGUGGACAAGAUCCGGGAGAACCGGGGGCUGGACCGGCUCACUGUGACCGUCGGCGUGGACGGGACCCUCUACAAGCUUCACCCACACUUCUCCAGGAUCAUGCAUCAGACGGUGAAGGAGCUGUCACCGCAGUGCAACGUGUCCUUCCUCCUGUCCGAGGACGGCAGCGGCAAGGGGGCCGCCCUCAUCACGGCGGUGGGCGUGCGGCUCCGGGAGGAAGUGAGCAUCUGAGAGCCCCGGGCGGGCCCCUGCCCGCUGCCCUGCCAGCACUUUGCUCUUCCAGCGGUGACCCCUCUGCUCCCGGAGCCGUGCUGGGGGGUGGUGGGGGCUGCCGGCGCCCGAGCCCACCCACGCCCCCGCCAAGGCAGGGGAAGAAAACCCAACACAACCCAACUCACUGGCGCCUAACCUUAGGGUACAAACACCGAGUGUGUGCUGUUGAUCUCGCCUGCCCUGCCGCUCUGCAUGGUUUGAUUUCAGCCUGGUCGUCGGUCCCCCCCUUGCGUGUGAAGUGUAGUGGCCACCUCCCCCGUUUCUAAUUUAUGCAUUUGUCCAGCAGUGAUGGGUCAGCCCGCCAGGAAAUGUCCCAUCGGCCCGUCGCUGGGGACACAUCCUCUGUGUGACAUGUAUUAAUCACCAGCAGACACUGCCGGGACUCCUCCCAGGGACGAUGCUGUCGGGCGUGCCCAGGUCCCCCUGGGGGACAGGUCAGCGCCCCCACCCCCCAAUUGUGUGUCCAUGGAGCUGGUUCGAGCCGCACCUGUACAGUGUCCCUCUUCCUUCCGUCUGUUCUGUGGGGGGAGGUGGGUGGUCCUUGGGGCAAGUGUCUUGUCUUUAUUUGGAUCAAAGGCACCAACCCACACACAGUGCCCUCAUUGGAAUUUCCCAUCGCUUUUGUGAGCCCUGUUGUAUGACCCAGUAAACUUUGUACCAAACCAAA